UUGUUGUAGUCUUGUAUCUGUCCACAGUCAAUCCACGCCGGAGGGUCCACCCAACUCUUUUGGAUGGUUUAAAAUAUUUUAAUUAUGUGUCUGUGUCUGUGUUGUGUUUGUGUUUUUAAUUUGUGACGACUCAUAGUGGAUUUUAACAUUUAAAAAAUUCUAGUUCUGCUUUGACAAUGACGUUGAAACACCUAAACCCGUAGGAGCAAUAUUGUUUUCGGAUUUCUUACUAAAGGUAACGCCCAUGCAAGUUCACCUGCUGAUUCUAAACACGAUUAAGAGUGACAACAUCAAGAGGAUCCUCUUGUAACAGGCAAGUUCAUGGUAGAAAUACUCUGUGAUCGUCAAGAGCAUCUCGUGGUAAUCAUCUUCACUUCGCCUUAGCCCAAGAUUUGUGGUCCAGAUCCAGUUAAAGGUGUUGUAUCACCCUGAAGGUCACCGGUCCACGAGAGGGCGACCGAUCGUAGCUCAGUGUUGUGCUGCUGGUGUUCGAGCCAUGGCGGACGGUUACCUCCCUGGUAUAGCCGUAGCGUCGCUGCUCCUGUUGAUCGUCGAUGCCUCUGCACAGACUCCGCCGCACAUCGUUGUUAUUCUAGCGGACGAUUUGGGAUGGAACGAUGUCGGAUUUCACGGCUCAGAUCAGAUCCCAACUCCCAACAUCGAUGCUCUGGCCUACAACGGAGUUAUCCUCAACAGCCACUACACUCCAGCACUCUGCACACCUUCCAGAUCUGCUUUCAUGACCGGAAAAUAUCCCAUCCACACAGGGAUGCAACACCUGGUGAUACUGGAAGCUGAGCCCUGGGGGUUGCCUCUUCACGAGCGUCUGCUGCCGCAACACCUGAAAGAAGCGGGGUACCGGACCCAUGCUGUGGGGAAGUGGCAUCUUGGAUUCUUCAAACACGAGUACACCCCCACCUUCCGUGGGUUUGACAGCCACUUUGGCUACUACCAGGGCUUCCAGGAUUACUACAACCAUCUCGUCAAGGCCACGUUCCUACCCUACGAAGGCUACGAUAUGCGGCGCAACCUCUCCACGGACUGGGCCUCUCAGGGGCGCUACUCCACCGAUCUCUUCACAGAGGAGGCGGUCAGCAUCAUCAACAACCAUGAGCCGCACGAUCCUCUCUUCCUGUACCUCUCACACCUCGCGCCCCACGCCGGCACCACCCGCGAUCCUUUCCAGGCUCCGGACGAGGAGAUCGCCAAGUUCUCCCACAUCGAGGACCCAGAGCGCCGUGUUUAUGCUGCGAUGGUGUCCAAAUUGGACCAGUCUGUUGGCGAAGUCGUGACAGCAUUGCGAGCCAGAGGCAUGUUGGAUAACAGCGUGAUAGUGUUCAUGUCAGACAACGGAGCUCCAACACACGGCAUCCACUCCAACCGCGGCUCCAACUACCCGCUUAGGGGGAUCAAGGAGACACCCUGGGAGGGUGGGGUGCGCGCCGUGGCGGCAAUCUGGAGCCCUCUCAUACAGCACAGACAUCGUGUCUCCUCGCAGCUCAUGUACAUGACUGACUGGCUACCCACCCUUUAUUCUGCUGCCGGGCAAAACGUGAGCAACCUGGGGGAGAUAGACGGAGUGGAUAUGUGGGAUGCUCUGGUAACCGGAGGCCAGUCACCCAGGACCCAGUUCGUCUACAACAUUGAUGAUGUGGGCGACGUGUACGCGGCAAUCAGGCGAGACGACUGGAAGUACCUCAAAGGUAAUGUACACAAGGGCAUUGCUGACGACUGGUAUGGAGAGACAGGUCGGGAUGUGCCAGGUAUGCAGUACGACGUGCAGGCAGUCCUCAGGUCAAGGGCGGGGGUCUCCUUCGCUGGUUACACCACCCGAAGACAGGUUUUGCAGAAGCGCUUGAAGAAAACCACCAAUGCUACUUUGAUAGUAGGAGACCAGUGGAGACUGUUGCGUGCCGACACCGUGAGAUCUCUCCGCAGCGAGGCCCAGCUCAAGUGUGACCCCGCUCAGCCCCCACUGGAGUGUCGACCCCGGGAGUCCGCCUGCCUCUUCAACAUCAGGGAGGACCCUUGCGAACGGCGCAACUUAGCUGAUCAGCGACCGGACAUUAUAGCAGAGAUGGAAGAUCUGCUCCUCAGGUACCGUCAGAGCAUGGUGCCAGCCAUCAACAAGCCUACGGACCCUCUAGCCGACCCCGCGCUGUGGAACAACACGUGGAUAUCGUGGCAGGACCCUCCUAAGACCACCGUGGACCAGGUGGGAGUCCGCAGGCUGGUGCGGGAGGCGCUCAUAGCGACCGUGAUCGUGAUUGUGGUGGUGUUGCUGGUCGCCGCCCUCCUGAGGGUGUCAUCCCCUUCGGCCCUUAUGUUAAGAUUACCCUCGAACCACAAGGACCGCAAGAGACAACUGGACACACCGGCAGAGCAGGCGGAGAAGACAAAUCUAACUAUUGAUCAAGCGUAAAUUUCCAGUGAUUAACUUUGUUUACAAAUGGCAGUGUGCUGCAAUCAAAUCCAGCUCUGUGCAAUUAUUUGCUAAACAGUGGUUCAGGAAAAUUCCAGCUUAGCUGUAACCUUGAACACAAAUUUUUAAUGACAACAGACCAACUGUCUUGCAGUUUUGUAACAAAAUAUCUCUACAUUUGUGGUCUGAUUUCUCAUUGUGAUAAAAAACAGUGUAUCUAGAUUAAUUAAUGAAUCUAAUCUAAGUACAGUAAUUUGGCUGUAAGAGUGUCAUAAAAACGUGUGACUAUUGCUAAUCUAAGUACAGUAAUUUGGCUGUAAGAGUGUCAUAAAAACGUGUGACUAUUGAAUCCUAAAGUAAUUUAUAGUCACAAAUGAGCCUUCGAGGUUUAAAGGCUUCCAUGCAGAUAAAUAGCAUAUAGAGUGCAUCCUGUGUUAAGAACAUACUUUAAACUUCCUGUUUCACCUCCUGAACUGAACGACCCAAAAUUAUCACCGAUGUACUUGAGAGAUUUCAACUACAUUCAAGAGGUACAUCUACAUUAUCAGGUUGGAACAUCACAUCAGAAUAUAAACUGAUCUUAAAAACUAAAAACUUUAAAUGAAAAUUGGAUUUAUCAGGAGUGUCUCAAAACACUAUAUAAUAUACUAAUUUAUUUAAGAGAACGAAUUUUGCACAUUUUAUCGUGUUCUCAGGUAAUACCUAUUAAACAAUAAAGAUAGGGAGCUCAAAAUUUAUAUAUGUACUUGUAUUCUUUCAUUUAUAUCGUGUCCAGUCAAAAUGUAAUUAAUAUUGGAGAGUCAGUAAAAAUUUGGAUACACCAUCAAUUAAUUUUAAUUACAUUUAUUCGUAUUUGGAUUUGGCUGUUCAUAAGUAUUAUGAAUUUCAGCCCUAUAGUUGUAACUCAGAAAAAGUAAUCAGAAAUCAGAAAUUGCAGUUCAAAGAGGAAAGUGGCAUAUAUUUCGGAGUCAUAUAGACUAUUUUAGGCAUAUAAUGAAAGAUAAGAUAAAUUUCUUGGAUCUUAAUAAUGCUCAAAUUUAUCACUCAUCGGGUGAUUUAAUGGCAGUGACGUAGUUAAUUCAGGUUUAAAAGUUUUUUAACGACAAAUUUUCUGACGUAACCUUUCAUAUAACCUAUUGUAUAUAACCAUAUUUCCUGAAACAUAGAGGACAGUAUCAAAACACAUUACGAACGUUUUGUAAUAUUAUGAUCGUAAUGUGAGGUAUUCAUGCUAAUUUCGUAGCAUUUAUCAUGAUAAAGAAAUCUCUAUAUCGAAUGUUUGCCGCUUUUUAAAACGUGUUUAGAAUUUAAAUAGUAAGAUCUAAUGCCUAUCCAAUAAUCUGAUAAUGUGCCUUACACACCAACUUUUUGUGUAACAAAGUUUGGGAACUGCUAUGUGUAUAAUGUAUAUAAUGGCUUAAUAUUAAUCAUAUUUAUAUAAUAAAAACUUCUAUUUACACUUAUGACAGAGCAAUUAGUCCUAAAUAAUAUUAACUUUGUUCGGCAUGAUCUCAGAAAGCGGGUCAACUCUACAAUGUCUUUUCUAUAUAAAAACAGCCUACAUACUUAUCAUUUACUAUAUAAUAUUAUUUAUUAUGUAAUAAGAAAUUAUUGAAAAUAGAUUCUUGCAUUAACAGCAAUAUAAAUCACUAUUAGUGUCAAAAUACACCACUAUUCCAAGGUUCAAUAAAUGUAAGAGUAUUGAGUGAAAUUACAGUACAUAUUUGAGGCAAUAUAAAUAAUAAAACUAUUUGUAUUUAUUUAAUCACGUUAUUUCAGUUGUUAUUGUUAAUAUUUGACUAUCCAAACAAUCAUUCCACAUACCGAAUGAUAUGUUCUCGAAUUAAAAUCACGUUACCUAUUUUGCACACUCGUUACGACUCAGUUAACAUGUAACAUGGUGUAAAGUUGUAAUUACAUUAACUGAAAUAUUGUACAUUUGUUUUUUUGUGUAUUUAAAAGCAUUCCCUCCGAGUCCUUACAUCAAAGUAUUUUUAAAACAACAGAGUAGCUCAUAAAGCAUCUGGUUAUUUAUUUUCCAUAUCAGCGUUGUUAUUUCCACUGUUGAAUAAUUUUUCACUUUCUCUCCAUAUUUACCUGAUACGUAAAUAAGUUUUGUACACUAUGAACUUGAUAUUAACAUAUGUUAAUAUGAUUCUUUGUUGUUUUAUUAUACUGUACUGCAUCAUGUUUUGCUGUGCUGAUGAUUCGUGAUGAGAAAUAAUUAGGGAUUUUCACUGUUGAUGUUCUAGCGUUAGUUACCUUUUAUACUCAUCUGAGUAGAUGAGUAGAUGCACUCGUGUAAGGAAACGAGGAUGUGAGUAGGGGGCGGAAAGGAACACUUAAGGGGGCCCGUACGGCUCAUAUGACAUUAUUACAUGCCAGUAAUAUGAUUGGCGAGCCCCCCUCCACUACUCAUGCCGACGUUACUCUCAUCUCAGCCCAAGAGCUCGUGAGUAAUCAAUCAAUUCAGUUGUACUUUUUGUAUGAUUGUUGUAUUGUUUAUAUGUUUUGUAAAUAAACCCUAUUUUUAAUA